CUGUUCACAGCUUUGUGGCAAGACUGUUCAAGCAAUGCCAGCUCCUCAGAGUCCUUUGAAGGCCACCCAGUCUGCCACUGCCCUAAAAGCGGCAGCAUGUGCCACGCUGAACGACACAGGUGGCUAUGUGAACAACGCCACCAUGAAACCAGGCAACAAGACGAUGCCGUCGAGCAAGAAGGUAACUAUGCUUAAGCAGAUAGAAACGAUUUGGGAUGAACCUGAUGACAAGAUGCAUGAGCAGAAAAGGAAGCUGAGAUCAUUGGCGAGCCGGGUAGACCGCAUGGCAGGUGUCUUUGAGGAGGAGACUCGAGCACGACAGGAGCAGCGCCACUUGAUGGAUGAGCUCCAUGGGGAGCAGAUGAAGCGCAUUGAUGAGAUAGAGGAAGAGCUGGACCAAGCCAUGAAAGAAUUGAAAGCCUACAUUGAGGAAUUCAUGCAAAAGUUCAGAAAGGAGCUAGAUGACACCUUCACAGCAUUGUUCAGUGAACUGCGGGUGCAGGUGGAACGUAUCACUCCUCGAAUCGCUGCGCUAGAAGCGCGAGGCCGAGUCUUGCGGAAUGGCAUUGAGGAGGAGCGGCAAGACCGCAUCCGGCACUAUGCUGAGAUCCUCGUGCCAGUUAAGGCACAGAUCGCGAAGAUAGAACAAGGCCUCAACAGAGAGGAGAAGGUCAGACAGGUUCCACCUCCUGUGCCUUCAACUCUUGGCCAGCCAUUCAUCGUGAUCCAUGGCAAUAUCGGUUUGACAGUAAUUAUUUGACGUUUCAGAAUUUAAAUGACAGAACAUUUUUGCGUUCUAUUGCGUUUGGCAUGUUGUUUGCUCUCCUGAUGCAGCCAGCAGCAUGGCAUAUUCAAUCUUUGGCUCACAAUACUGCACAUUUGAGAAGGCAGCAGCGCCUAGACCUAGAACAGAUUGAAUGGUAUCAAUGGUCAAGCUGCUAAACGGUCAAGCUGCUAAUGCCUCACUGUUGUUUGGGUGAGAAUCAAGAGCAUCGAACUAUUGACUGAAAUUGACAGACCAUUUGACGGAGCCAUUCCUGGCGGAGUGGCCCAAGCCCGAAAGACCAAAGAGUUGGAAGAUUGAACGGUGCGGAAACAUUUUGAAGUGGUCUCAACGAGCCUCUACUAACGAACACAUCUACUUCAACAUAGCAGACAUGGAAACGAAGUGGACGAGCAGGCGCCUCAACAAAGUACUUGCUUUUGAGGUGAAGAGCGGGAAGGG